AUGUCUUCCUCAAGUAACGAUGGAGUAGACCCAGUAGAUCUCGCCAGCAACAUCGGCACCUGGGUCGCCGCUGGCGUAGCCAUCAUUGCCCUAGUCGGAGUAGUCGGUCCAUAUCUUGCACUGCAAGCAUCAAUGAGUGAUAAAAACCGAGCCAUGAAUGCGGUUCAAGAUCAACAGCAGAAAUACGUCUCCAGAGGGUUUCGUCUGACUAGAGGACUACGCGUGUUUAGAAGGAUUCGUGUGCCGAACCUUGCACCAGGAUAUAUCACCAAUGAGCCAGAUACAGCCCCGCUUAUACCGCCUCUCAGUGCAGCUUUGGGCCGUUGGGGGUUCAAGACGAGUGAUUAUCUGCCGUGGAAUACGGGCUGGGCUAAAAUCUCCGAACUAAUUGAGUCGUAUCAAGUGCGGGAUGGGGUUAGUAACCGCCCAGUUGACUUGGACGUCCCCAAGGCCGGUGGAACUCUCGAGGUUGUCAACAGUCGAACUGCUUUAGUUGUCAAUAAGCAUUGGAUCCUGAUUUUAGGUCUCCUCGGUCGAUAUGGAGACCGUGUUGACAAAGGGAUCCUACAGCGAAAAGGAAUUAGGAGGAACUUCGAUGGGGAACGAGCAUCGAUUCGACAUUUCACCUUACCAAGGAAAGCCAAACAAAGAGAAUCAGAUUUCCAAUUCGAAUGGACUCGUAGAAAGGAGACACACUCAUCCAUAAGGAGAAGAGGGUCGUCAAGCCGAGAUUCAGCGAGUUCGAGAUCCUGGUCCGAUAGCGAUCCGGACUCUGACGGAACCGUGAUGGCUGUCCGCCGCAGCGCCUAUGGGACUAUCACCCUUGAAACGACUCCACAGCCUACGAUAUACGGAAUUACAGGCAAGUUACAGCAACUCGGGCGACAUAAAGGCUCUUGGAGUUAUUUAACUUCAAUAUCGUUUGUGCCGCAUAUUGCCAAAGAGAUCUUUGAAGCAGGUGUCAAUAAGAGGAGGGAAGGUUCCUCUCUUCAGACUCUCUUCUGGCUUGCUCAUGGCUUCUUGCCAUGUGGCAGAACUGCAGAAGGGCGACAGAUGGUGAUAUCUUUAGAAGCCCCAGAUAUUUCUCUUGAAUCAAUAGGUAGGAGUGCUGAUGAUAUCUUGGCUUGGCCUGCAUACUCUCUCCAAGAGUCUGAUGACAUCCCUGUAUCUAUUGGUAUUGCAAUGCAGUGCCUUGGUAUUCCAGAGCCACAGAUAUUACAGUUCCUCCCAAUCGAUGCUGCGAGUCAGGCAAAACGGGCGCUGGAAAACACCAACCAUCACUCUUAUGAUAAGACUCAGAGUCCAGCUGAUGGCUCAAAUCAACAGAACCAUCAAUGGGAACGUGAGCUACCGACACAAUCAGCCGGUCUAAGCCUCGAUGGUCCCUGGGUUCGUUACUCAAAUCCGUCACAAGACUACAUCUGCCUGUUCCGAAGACGCGAUUUCGAGAAGACGCUGAGACUUCUACUCACUAUCGACUGGGAUAAUUGGGGAUUUUUGAUAUGGAAGGAUAGGUUCUGGAUGCUGAUCUUACGACGCAUCAUUGGUAUCUUGAAGGUGAAAGAGAUAUGCGAUUCUGAGUUCGGACAAGCAUUCGGACUAUCAUCUCACUCUCAAAUCUUUAAUUGGAAGCACAGUGGAGCCUUUUAUCCACAGAAACUGGCAGAUCAGCUGUUAUUCGACAAGUUUCUGACUGAAUAUCUUGAUACAUAUGACCUUCUCCCUCUUCGACUCUCACUGGGAGUUCUUUACAUUUUUGAUAAACAGCUUCGAGAGAACACCUUGAAAGUGUGUGCCAAUUUAUGUAACAACGAAGAAAACAACAACCCCCGUUCCCAAGCAAGGAUUAAGUACCUUGAAUCAGCUCUGGAGGAGGUUGAGGCGGAGCACCGGUUCCAGAAGAACAUGCACAAGAACGAUAAAACACCAUUCAUGAACAAGAAGAUGGCGGGCCUUACAGAUUCCGAGUCUAUUGAAGAAGUCUACACACAUAUGUCGAUAAGUGCCUUGGAUACUGAAACAUUAGAGCGUUUCAACAUUGUCUAUGAACAAGUAAGUGCCACAUCAAUUACGCAAGCAACCGCUGACACAGAAAGGCCGACGAUGUAUUAUAUCGCAUCACCGGAGUACACUUACGAGACAAGACAACUGAAGUGGUACUCUGAUAAAACUUCUAUGAUGGAGUAUAGUACUUGGCAGUUGACACCUCAAGGUGUAGUCAUGACUGGAGAGAAACAGUCUAUGUGGAUCGAGGAGAAGGAUAUGGUUAUGGUUGCAUUAUGGGUUGCUAAUAGAGCGGCGAUGUGGACCGGGGCUCAGGACUCGAAGCCGUUGUUAGAAUUUGUUGAAGAUUUAGAUACGUAUGCAUAUGUCCUGUAG